AUCAGUCAUCUACACAACAGCAACUACUACACACAUGACACAUUCGCUAUUUCUAGUCGUAAUUUUCCAACACAAAUUCAAAUAAACACACAUUACACUGCACUACUUACUCGCAUUACACUUCACAGAGCUCGUGGUGAAUAGAAAAAAAAGUGAUUAGAGUAGUAUCAAAAGUAUAUUACAAAUAAUAUGUCUGCAAAAAAGUAGCUGGUAUAUUUUGAUGAGUCAAGGUCCAUUGACACAUUGAAAAAUUUACAGUACGAGGUACAUAAGUAUUAAUAAUGUCAGCUCCGCCACCUCCACCGCCGCCGACGUUUAAUAUAGCCAGCGCAGCUGGUGGUGACCAAGGCAGAAAUUUAUUAUUACAGUCAAUAAGAUCUGGAAAAACUUUAAAAAAAACAGUUACAGUAGACAAGAGCGCGCCUUGUAUAAGUGGUAAAGUGAAGAAUGGCCCAACGUCUGCAGUUAAUUCAUCAUCUGGAAACACUGCUGGCAGUAAUACCAUCAACAACAGCAGUAGUAACAGCAGUAUCAGCAGUAAUAGUAGCAGUAGUGCAGCUCCAAUGGGUCUUGGUGGUUUGUUUGCUGGUGGUAUGCCAAAGUUAAAGCCUACUGGGUUACGUAGUACUAUUGUAGAAAGAGAUUCACCAUCGUCAUUACCAGUUUUAUCUGGAUCAAACCCUCCACCAAUUGUUAAUAAUUAUAAUACUAGUAAUAACAGCAACAGCACAAUGAAACGUGGACCGCCUCCUGUUCCACCUCCUGCUGCUCAAAAGCCUCAAAUAUCAUUACCACAAUCAUCAGCAGAGAGCUCGAGUGAUUCACCCAACAGAAGCUUCGGCAAACCAGCAUUAGCGCCAAAACCACCGGGUACAUCGACACUCCACAAACCACAUCCACCACCAAAAAAACCGGAUUUACUUGGCGGUACGAGUGUGUCGCGAGCUCAAAGCAUGCGUUUGCCACGAUCGCCACCUGUACUUGCUCCGACGCCAUCCUCAUUACACCAAUCGCAGGAUUGUUUGAAUGAAACCCAACAUCGGCCGAGUCGUGUGCUGCGACCUCCAGUAGCACGACCUCCAUCGCCACCCACAUCUUCAAAAUCAGCAGCUCCAGCAGUUCCGGUGACGCGAGUGGCACCACCACCACCGCCGAAUAGAGUUGCUGUAUCUGCACCCAGUAUGCCACCCCCUCCUCCCCCGCCUCCUCAUCGCUCCAAUUUGACCCACCAACGACUUGCUCCUCUACCGCCAACUCCACCCACCCGUAAUCUUUCGUUGUCAAAUGGGCAAACAACGUCAAUUAACCACAACGUAGACCUAGAAGUAAGAUUCAGCGACAGUUUUCAUUCAAUCAUCAACUUCCCGUUGCCUGAACCUUUCCGUGCAGUACCGAAACUCUACAAUAGUAAAAAUGCGGCUAAGCAACAAGCUCCAGCACCACCUCAACAAUCGAACAAUUCUAGCCCCAAUAACUUUCAAUUGAAUGCAUCUGCUGGUGGUAAGCAAUGGCAACACAAUGCAGCAUCGUCGGCAUGUUAAAACAUAUAUAUAUAUAUAUAAAUAUAAAUAUACAUAUAUAAAUACAUAUAAA